AUGGAAUUGUGCAAAGCGCUAGCACUGACCGUUAUCGUCUUCGUCCGUUUGGCAGGAGCCGAAGCCCAAAACUCAACAGCGCCGGUUUUAGGUAGCAGUGUUAUGAAGAAUGGGUGGCAGAAUGGCCCGAAUCAGCGUGGAACAAUAACAAUCAUCUGGAGCUGCCUAUCGACGAUCUUGGCAUGCAACUGGACUAUUCUCCACCUCAACGUACCGGGCAACAAAGAUAGCUUACUUAUUAGGAUAAGACGCAAGGCAAAAUGGAUGCUCAUCACGAUUCUGUUCCCGGAAUUCAUCUUUUCGAAGGCAAUCUGUGAACUUCAAAUGGCAGUCGAUGACCUCUACGCUAUGAAGCAGAUGGGGAAUACCGUAUGCUGGGAGGUCGAGUUCGGCUGGAAACUGAAAACUCUUCAUGCAAUGCUUCAUUUGAUACGGAAACCCUUCAUGCCCGAAGAAACAGCCUACAGCGAGUCUCUUUCUAUUUCUCCAGCAUCUCCAUGUGCUCCCAAAGUCAAAACAGUAACUCAUCCAAGCGCUCAAGCUUUCGAUCCACGACUACUACGAGGCAAGAGGAGAACAUGGACAUUGACACAUUCGUAUUUUGCCAACAUGGGUGGCUUCGAGCGAUACAAAGACCUUCAAAUCAUGCCUCUCACAGCCAAUGCUUUGGUACACUGCUGCAUCGGGAAAGAUCACGACCCGCUUCCCGCUUUGAGUCUGCAGAAGGAAGAUAUUGAGGACAAGUCGAAAGCCGACGGUUUUGUCAAAGCCGUGGCUGUGGCCCAAAUAUCAUGGCUUAUACUUUCUGUGAUUGUUCGAGCUCAUAAGAGGAUGCCAAUCAGCCAGGUCGAGAUCUGUACUGUUGCAUUUGCUGUCUUGUCAGUGCUGACGUAUCUGGCAAAUUGGUCGAAGCCAAAAGAUAUUGGGGCCCCAGUUCGAUUCCGGGUUGCGCUCGACACAUACAAUUGCGAGGCCUCCAAGUUUACUGGCACACCCAUCUUUCACCGACGCAUGCUUGCACCAUCCGAGAACUUCAAUCCAGCAGGCGUUUCGCGGAUCAAAAAUGAUUUUGUUCGUUUGGAAGGAUACAUUCCACCAAUGGCAAUCAAUAUGUCAAUUGCCACUAUCAUCUUCGGUGGUCUUCACUGCCUGGCUUGGUACUUCCAGUUCCCUACAGACGCUGAAUUAGGCAUCUGGAUGGGUACCGCGGUUGCGAGUGCCACUAUUCCCACAGCCGCUUUGAUGAUCAAUACUGUGGCCGCUUGGUCCAUCGACCGAUCAAAUUCAAAUUGCUGGAAAGCUUUCAACGGUCCCGAGGCGGUCUCGAGUAAUGAGAUGAGGUCUUAUAUCAAGGACACUCUCAGAUUGACAAAAAAUCAGGAGCUGUCAGACAGUCAGCAGCACGUCAAAGACCACUGGAUCGACCUGAUCAAGGACCUGGACUACUUGAAAUCAGACCUAAGCAAUAGCAUUCGCUCGCGAUUCCGCGAUAAAGUGUUCUUUGCCACCUACAAAAAUUUCAUAAGUCGAUGGGAGCAUUAUAUUCCACUUCAUUUAACUUCCGAAAGCUUCGAAAAUUCGAUAAAAAUAAAACACGUCCCUCGAAUCAUGAGUGCAAGACUCCAGGAUACUGAGGAUCUUGAGCUUUUGUUCGCCCUGAUUAACAUUAAGAAAUUUGUUCAUGAUCAAGAACACAAAUUGAACAAAACAACAAGACUUUGGCAAAAAGUUUCGACUUUCUGCUUCAUCAUUGCUAGCAUACUUUACGCCGCUGUCAGAUUGACCCUACUGGCACUUGCUUUUGCGGCACUGCGAUCUAUGCCGGAAGGGGUGUUCACAUCAACUUGGACGAGAUACCUGCCAAAUAUUUCUUAA